UGGGCUAGAGCUAGAAGUUUGAGGAGUUUGAGACGACCUCUGACCUGGGCCUCAUGCUCCCAGAGCGGUCCGCUCGGUGGUUUGACCCAGCGUGGUCUACGGGACCUGCUGGAUGGAGCCUGGUGUGGCCCGAAGCUCGGUAGAGCUCCUGGCACCGCCUCCUCCCAGCUGGCUGCUGUGGGUGGGGGAAGGCAGGACUGACACAAUGACAACAGCAACACGACAGGAAGUCCUCAGCCUCUACCGAAGCAUUUUCAGGCUUGCAAGGAAAUGGCAGGCGGCAUCAGGGCAGAUGGAAGACACCAUCAAAGAAAAACAGUACAUACUAAAUGAAGCCAGAACACUGUUCCAGAAAAACAAAAAUCUCACAGACCCAGACCUAGUUAAACAAUGUAUAGACGAAUGCACAGCCAGGAUUGAGAUUGGACUGCAUUACCAGAUUCCUUAUCCAAGGCCAAUUCAUCUGCCUCCAAUGGGUCUCACCCCACUACGAGGCCGGAAACUUCAAACCCAGGAAAAACUGAGAAAAUUUUCCAAACCAGUGUAUCUGAAGUCUCAUGAUGAAGUUUCCUAACAGAGGACAGUUUUCUUUGAAGAAUGGUGAGCCAACUCAGUUCUUAAUGUAAACCAGGCAAUAUUGAUUAGAAGCAAAAACACUUCCUUCAAACCUACUAAAUUGGUCCUCACCCAUGACAUGUGGCUGCAAGCAUCCUAGGGUUUUUCAGGGUCUUGCUGCUGCUUGAACUGAUGACAUUGACCAUAGAGACCAUGGACUUAAAUCUUCACCGAAGUCAUCCUUGGGAGCAAUCUAAGGUCCGUGGAGAAAGGCUGAAGGCCGUUCCUGGGACUGCCAUUCAGCAUACAUCAACUGAUGCAACGGGAUUAGCUAGUUGUUGCAAGUUCACAUGCCUCCAAAACUAUGCUACUCCCAAAAUACUUUCUAGAGAUUUUUCCACAAGUUCUUUUCAUUUGCUUAAAAGUGGUUUCUGUAUAGGCUCUGUGUGUGU